ACACCAUUAUAUAGACUGUGGGACAAAGAUUUAUUGAAAUAUGAUAAAUCAAUGAACAGUUGUUCAAAUGAUGAACCACAAGAAAUUCCUUCGCCACAAUUAUCCAAACCACCCAUCACAUCCUCCAAUUAUUCAAG